GAAAGCAGCGUGGCUUCCCCUGGAUGUAAACAGGGCGGCAGGGCCGUGCCGAGGGGGUCGCACCGCGGGGCUUCUCCGAGAGACCUGCUCAGGUCAUGAAGUUUCUGAAGCUCUUUGGGCGAUUAAAAUCAGUUGUCAUUGGGAUGGUGCACGUGAGGGCAUUGCCAGGGACACCACGGAGCAGUUUGCCAUUGACCCAGAUCACUGAUAAAGCCUGUCAUGAGGCUGAGAUUUAUAAGGAUGCUGGAGUUGAUGGCUUGAUAGUGGAAAAUAUGCACGACCUUCCUUACACGGUUUAUGUUGGGCCAGAAAUAACUGCAGCAAUGUCAGUCAUUAGUGCUGCAGUGAAACACACCUGCCCACGUCUCCCAUUGGGUAUCCAGAUUCUGUGUUCUGCAAAUCAACAGGCUGUAGCUGUUGCUCUUGCUGCAGGGCUUGAUUUUAUCCGAGUUGAAGGGUUUGUUUUUUCUCAUGUUGCUGAUGAAGGGAUGAUAAAUGCCUGUGCAGGUGAUCUGCUAAGAUACCGAAAACAAAUUGGAGCACAGCAUGUUCAAAUUUUUGCCGAUAUUAAAAAGAAACACAGUGCUCACGCUCUGACAGCAGAUGUCAGUAUAUCAGAGACUGCUAAGGCUGCUGAGCUCUUCCUCGCUGACGGGAUUGUAUUGACUGGAACAGCUACUGGAAUGCAGGCAGAUCCUAAAGAAUUGAAAGAAGUUGAACAUGCUGUGAAGAUUCCAGUGCUGAUUGGGUCUGGAGUGACGCUGGAGAAUGUAAGGAGCUACUUGGAUGCAAAUGCUUUAAUAAUUGGUUCAUAUUUCAAGAAAGAAGGUUACUGGGCAAAUAGUGUUGAUCCUGACCGAGUAAAGAAAUUUAUGGAUCAUAUAGGGGGCUUGGAUCCACUUUCUAAGCCUCAACUCCUGCACUGUUAUCUAGGCUGCCUACCUCACCAUCUUGCACUUCUAUCUCCCUCACUACAAGCUGGAGACCAUCUCGGGCUUCCCAGCCUUGCUCUGCCAAGCUCCAUGAAACGGUAUGGGGAACAUGCAGAGUAAUCCAGUCAGUUCCCCCUUGUGAGAAAACUGGAGAGCCAGAGGCAUAGGGAGGGUAGCAGAAAACAAAAUACUGAGCAUUUGGCUGCAGCAAAAUGCUAAAUUCCAGGGGGUUCCUGACUGAGGUGAAGAGGGAUGUUCACACCUCUCAGAGCUAUUGUUUCAGGCUGCUUGCAGAAGUAGGCAGGUGAGACAGCAUCUGUUUACACUUGGUUCACAUUUUCAGGAUUAUCUCUACAACUAUACGCAUUAGAUUUUUUUAAUGAAAUCUGAGAUGCUGAAGGACUUUCUGUGACAACAAGGCUAAUUCUGUGGCAAAUUUCCUGAUCAUAGAAUACCCGGAGACCUGUUUAGGAACAGAUUUAUCUGAACUAUAGGAAUCUUUAAAAAGAAACCAUUAAAGCAUUUGUUAUACUUAAAUUAAAAUGCAUUUUUAAUAAAUUCACAAUCUCUUUCCCCGUUCCAUCCCCAAGCCUCUGCAAUUAUAGCCACACAUUGCUCUUUGUUCGCUGUGCUAGAGUCAUCUGUGCUUUCUAGACUGGAAGUUCGUCAAAGAGGGAAUGGCUUCUAUCCUGUGUUUAAUCUGUUGUAAAGAAUGGUGUCCUGUAAUGGUGCAAUAUAAAUGAUGAAGAAUAAGAAAAAUAACUCCUCAGAAACUUGGAAAUUAUAAUAAUUAAAAAAGCAUCACAUCUCUAAGAAAAUUGACAGAAAAAAAAAUUCCCCAAACAACUCAAUGCACCUAACAAACACACCUAAACUUUAUUCAGUUUAAUGCAUUGAAUGCAACAUGUAUGGGUAGGUGGGGUGUGUGUGUGUGCAGUGCAAGCAACUCACGGCCUUCAGAGACAUUUCGGGCUAAUGAGGCCAGAGUGACUGAACUGGAGAAGCCAAGAGAGACAGGUACAUACAGGAAACUUGUAGGGUCGUAGCAGAGCUGUCCUACCACCUGUCUAACAACCCCUGUGCUGUUAAGGAGAAUGAAAGUCUCAUGGCAGCAGGGCCGGCUUUAAGCUGAUUCCCCCGACUCCCUGGAAUUGGGCCCUGUGC